UCCCUUCCUGGGGUGUUUGAUGUAACGUAGGCUACAUGAUGACUGUUUUCAGUACCUAACCUACACUCGAUGACAGAUAAAUGAGAGCUAGUAAAACAAAUAGCUCAAGGAUGCACUGGAGUGAGAAGGUAAUAUUGAACAGUGUACUGUAGUCGGCAGCUAACGCUCGCCAAAGUGCAAUUUCAGAGAGAACUUCUCAUUUGGCUAAUAGAGAAAAGUUAACACGUUCGACAAUCAAGAAAGGACCAGCUUGUCCUCAACCUUACAUCACCAGCUACGUGUUUUGAGCCACUCUCACUCCCCGGGCUCCAUGGCGGCAGCGGUGCCAUUCAGUGAAUGGUCUUGCGGCCGAUGCACCUUCCUGAACACGGGGGCGGCGCCGCGCUGUUCCAUCUGCGAGGCACCGCGCCAGAAGCCCGACCUCAACCAGAUCCUGAGGCUGAGCAGCACCGAAGAGCAGCAACGCUGGGCCUGCCCCCGCUGCACCCUCAAAAACCCCCAGGGCUCCGGCGCCUGCACCGUCUGUGGCUUCGGAUCCUCACCAGGCACCCCCACGCCGACCACAACCAUGGCUGCCAUCACCAAUGGCCUCCUGCCCCUGCAGCCGGAGACUCCGACACCGGUCAUGACUCCCACUGUUCUCCUGGAGCCCCGCGGGCAGCAGCCUGCCAAGGAGGAGGCAUUGAGGAGGUCAGAGAGCAACGGGGAGGUGGAUGGACCAGGUGGACCCGAGGGGCAGCAACACCACCACUUGGGCUGGACAUGCCCGCGAUGCACGCUUCAUAAUACUCCUGUUGCAUUGUCGUGUUCGGCCUGCGGGGGACCAAGGAAACUGUCACUGCCCAAGAUCCCCCCUGAGGCGUUGGUGGUGCCUGAGGUGCGCACGCCUGUGCUAGGGUUUCCCGUCCAUGUGGCAGGGCCCCCCCCGCUCCUCAUUGACUUGACGGAUGACUCGCCCCCCGCAGCCACCCCCUGUGAACCCCAGGAACCUCCCCACACCCACUUGCCCCCACCGCCACUCUCCUCCCCUUUCACGCCCUUCUCCUCUCUCCAGAACAACCCAGUGCCCCGCAGCAGGAGAGAGGUGCCCCCAGCGGGGCGUCCGCCCAACCCUAACCCCAAUGCCCUCAGCCCAACUUCGCCCUCCACGGCCUGCUUGCCGCCCCAGCACUGCCCUCCCCUCCGCCCUGCCAAGCCCAAGCAAGCCCAGCCCCAGGAGCCCUCCUUCCCCAGCAAGCGCCUCAGCAUCCUGGAGGAAGGGGACGGCACCAACCCCCAUCACACCUCCCACACCCCCGUCACAUCGCCAACAACCUGGAAGUGCCCCGGAUGCUCCCUGCCCAACCUGAGCGGCUCGUCCAAGUGCGAGGCAUGCCACUCGUCGCAGGCCGGCGCCGACCUCAUCAACCAGGUGGGCUGCGAGUCGGUGCGCUUCACACCAGCCAACCCCUCCAGUCCGGACUCCAGCACCUGGGCCUGCUCCAAGUGUACCCUACGCAACCCCACCGGGAUGACCAAGUGCUCAGCCUGCUGCACCUCCAAGCUGCACGGCUUCCAGGAGCCUAGUUCUCGCUGCUGCCCGCACUGCAGCCUCCCCGGCCCAUGCUCCUGCUCCUCAGCCUCCUCCUCAUCGUCUUCUGGACACAAGGCCCGAAAACAGGCCCGGGUCUACCCCUUGAUCUCGGCCACCAACACCACCUCCUCUUCCUCCUCAUCCUCGUCCUCCUCUUCCUCGUGCACACUGCUGCAGGAGAAGCAGUGGGGCUGUCCGGCGUGUACGCUGCUCAACGACAUCAAGUCGAAGAACUGCGCGGCAUGCCACACGCCCCAGCAGUACCUGACACUGCGCAAGGUGGCCAAGCCACUUAAGAGGAGGGGGAGCAUGCAUGUAGAGGCUAGGCGGCGCAACGACGAGGGUGAAGCCAAGGAACUCUGGGAGAACAUCACUACCUUCUGUCGAGAGAACGUGGUGAACUUCGUGGACGACAGCUUCCCCCCAGGCCCGUGCUCCGUGGGCUUCCCCGAGGGUGACAGCGUCCAGCAGCGAAUCAAAAAGUGGCUCCGCCCCCACGAGAUCAACUGCAACAACUUCAAGGACCGGGGCGUCAAAUGGUCCGUCUUCCGCACCCCGCGGCCCUCGGACAUCCUGCAAGGCCUGCUGGGAAACUGUUGGUUCCUUAGUGCGUUGGCGGUGCUGGCAGAGCGUCCAGAGCUGGUGGAGAGGGUGAUGAUCACCAGGGGCAUCUGCCAGGAGGGGGCUUACCAGGUCAGGCUGUGUAAGGAUGGUACCUGGAUAACCGUCCUAGUGGACGACAUGCUGCCCUGCGACGAGAAUGGAUACCUGCUCUUCUCCCAGGCCCAGCGUAAGCAACUCUGGGUGGCCCUGAUAGAGAAGGCCCUUGCCAAGCUCCACGGCUCCUACUUUGCCCUGCAGGCGGGGCGCGCCAUCGAGGGCCUGGCCACGCUGACAGGGGCGCCGUGUGACUCCCUCAUGCUGCAGGUCAGCUCCACCAACCCCCGCGAGGAGAGCAUCGACACGGACCUCAUCUGGGCCAAGAUGCUCAGCUCCAAGGAGGCCGGGUUUCUGAUGGGGGCAUCAUGCGGUGGAGGGAACAUGAAGGUGGAUGAUGGGGUGUAUGAGUCGUUGGGCCUCCGCCCUCGCCAUGCCUACUCUAUCCUGGAUGUACGGGACGUACAGGGCUACAGACUCCUGCGGUUGAGGAACCCAUGGGGUCGCUUCUCGUGGAAUGGCAGCUGGUCAGACGAGUGGCCUGAUUGGCCGCAGCUCCUCCGCCAUGAGCUCAUGGCCCACGGCAGCAGCGAGGGCGUCUUCUGGAUGGAGUAUGGAGACUUCAUCAAGUACUUUGAUUCGGUGGACAUAUGUAAGAUCCACUCAGAUUGGCAGGAGGUGCGUUUACAGGGCUGUUUCCCCAGCAGAGCCUGUGGUCCUGUUACGGUCACUGCCCUGACCGUGCUGGAGAGGACCGCGCUGGAGUUUGCCCUCUUCCAGGAGGGCAGCAGGCGGUCGGACACAGCAGACAGCCACCUGUUGGACCUGUGUAUCAUGGUGUUCAGAGCAUCGUUUGGCAGUGGCAACAAGUUGACCCUGGGCCGGCUGCUGGCCCACAGCAAGCGGGCCGUUAAGAAGUUUGUGGGCUGCGAUGUGAUGCUGGAGCCGGGCGAGUACGCUAUGGUGUGCUGCGCCUUUAACCACUGGCAGAUGAAUGUCAGCGGAGUAGGGCCGCCCACACCAGUGUCGAGCCCCACCAGUGCACGGCGUCCCAGCCAAGACUUCCCAGGGUACAUCCUGGCCAUCUACAGCUCCCGUCAGGUGAUGGUGGAGCAGGUGGAGGCUACGGCUACCACGCUGGCCGACGCCAUCAUCCUACUGACCGAGAACAAGGGAGAGAGACACGAGGGACGCGAGGGCAUGACAUGCUAUUACCUGACCCACGGCUGGGCGGGACUGAUCGUGGUGGUGGAGAACCGCCACCCCAAGUACUACCUCCACGUGUCAUGUGACUGUACGGACAGCUUCAACGUAGUGUCCACCCGCGGCAGCCUCAAGACCAUCGACAGUGUACCGCCUCUAUACAGGCAGGUGCUGGUGGUGCUAUCCCAGCUGGAGGGCAACGCAGGCUUCUCCAUCACACACCGGCUGGCCCACCGCAAGGCCGCUCAGGCCUCCCUAGGGGACUGGACCCCCACCAAGGCCACGCACAGCCCCCACCUCAACCCCGACGUUGACGGCCUGCACCAGCCACGGCCCCUAUGACCACUAAUUCCUCCUCGAUCCCUGAAGGAUGAGGACUCAAUUCUGCCAAACGCACCUGGAUCCAGUUGGGAAUUAGGAGAAGGGGGGUGGAUGGAUGUGCCAUUUUGGAUGUGAUGGGGGAUGAGGGACCCCUCCCAGGUUAAAUCAGCAUUUCUGGGUGACUAGAGGAGUCCUGAGUCUGAGAUCCUCCAACCAACAAGGAAGAUUUCUAUAUCUAGCCUUGUCAACUACAACGCUGUACUGUAUGUCUGACUAUGGACCAGGUAUAUUACACAGACGGACACCCUAAUCAGAACAGAACAGCGCCUGUUCCUUCCCUAACCCCUGCAACAGAUGUCAACGAAUGCCCAGGAAGACUGUUGACCCCACAUCCCAAAGGUUAAAGAUCAUUCAGAGGUCAGGGUGGAGUGCUGUAACUAAUGAGCCACCUUGGGGCUGUUCCCCCACUGAGCCAAUCCACUAUGCCGACCUGACCACCUGACCCCACUGUUCUUGGUCUAUGGAUCCAACCCACCAUACUCAAGGUAGAAGUUUCCUUGAGCUGAUCUAGGAUCAGCUUCCCCUCCUCAAAGCCUAACCUUUACCAUUGGUGGAAGAACUGCAAAAACUGACCUUAGAUCAGCGUCUAGGCCUAGGGGAAACUUUGUCCUACUCCCAAUAGGCGCUGCUGUGUGAGGUUUGGUUUUGGGAUGGAGGGGGAGGGGGAGGGUUAGGUGCUCUCUCCCCCAGGCUCUUGUCCUGCCUCCUGCACCCUGCACCUGUGGAGCUGUCAACUAUCAACAGGAUGGGGAGGGGGGUACAAUUCUGAUCCUCUACUCUACACCCUAGUACUAUGUGAGCCAAACCCAACUACCAAUUUUACCACAGUAAUUAACAUUUUUUAGAAGGGUAUUGUUGAUGUCGGUCUCUUUUAUUUCUUUUAUUUUUUUUACCAGCGUUCUUUGGUCUGUAUUUUGUAUGUGUGCUUGAAUCGUUUAACAAGCAACCUAGGGUACCAUCUCUCUGUUUCCUGUCUGUCUGUCUGACGGUCAACUGUCCAAGCCCUCCCCAGUUUUUCUGCUGUUGAAAUGCUGUGCUAUUAUUUCUCAAACGCAAGGCAAAUCCUAUCCACUUCAUAUAAAAGCUGGACUCUGAUUCUGUUUCAAAGAAAAUGUUAAAUCAAUGUGUUUCAUAUACAGUUUUCCAUAUACAGUUGUACAGUACAUAUAGCAUAGCUGGAAUCUUAAAGUUGUUGGACAUCGCUAUUUUAACUCGACAUGCUGUCGUUCGUUAUCCAUGCUGUCAGUCACUCCGGAUGAGGCGACAGGUUUGGGAAGGUAGCUGCUUUUCUUCCAUGACGUUGGAGCUGUUUGUUUUGAGUACAGAGGAAGAGAGGUAGAGAAAGAGCUUAUGGUACAGAUCAGCACAUUUAGGCAAUAUUAUCUGGGUGUCGUGAAAAAGAGGAAAUGUAACCUCUUAGCCUCUAUUUUCUCUCUUUCUUCCUUGUCUUACUUUCCCUCAGUUUAGCGAUCAAUGUCGAAAGGAGGCAAGAUCAUUUUUCCAAACUCCUGCUCUGUCUCCCUGAGGUUGAUUGACUUUGCACAUUCAGUCAGCUUGUCUGCUCACAUUUGGUACAUCAAGUCUCGCUCCAGCAUUAACAUCAACUCUUCAGAUACACAAAGCUAGUUAAAGUCCUGUUGGGAAAAUACAACUGUGGAGGUCAAUGGAUCAUUGUCAUAUUAAAGUCUCCAUUGUAGGUCUUCCUGAAUUGUUAGUCUGUCUUCUCCUUAAACUGGAGACUACUAACUAAGGGAGUACUUGUGGAAGCCAUGAUUGGACAGUGAGUUUAGUUUACUACAAGACCUGUGUCGUAUUCAUUAGGCACCAGAUGGAAGAAAAUGGACUGAAACGGGGAGGGACUACCUGGGCUUGUCCAAUAAGAAAUGAUCAUUUCAGUUUUUCAUUGCCCGUCCUAAUGAACAGGAUCUUGGAAAGGAAGUGAGUUUGUUUUAGCGUUGGAGGAGUUGUUAGAGCGUUUAGUUAGGUUGGUGCGUCAGCCUCAGAAAACAGAGCAUCUGCACUGCUGUCCCUAAGGGAUGCGCCAACACAUUAGAGAACAAAUUCUGCUUUUUAAUAACACAGACACACAAACGCAGACUCUCUCUCUCUCUCUCUCUCUCUCUCUCUCUCACUCACUCAC